GUUCGCGGAGUUCGUUUUCAUCAUGCCCAACAUCAAGCUGUACACGACCAAGCUGAGCCCGCCGGGACGGGCGGUCGAGCUGACAGCAAAGGCACUCGGACUCGAGCUGGACUAUGUGCCGAUAAAUCUGCUCGCCGGAGAUCACCUGAAGGAGGAGUACCGGAAGUUGAACCCGCAGCACACGAUCCCACUGAUCGACGAUAAUGGAACGAUCGUGUACGACAGCCAUGCGAUCAUCGUGUAUCUGGUGACGAAGUACGCCAAGGAUGACAGCCUCUAUCCGGCGGACCCUGCAACGCGUGCCAAGGUCAACGCGGCGCUGCACUUCGACUCCGGGGUGCUUUUUGCCCGAAUUCGGUUCUAUGUGGAACCCAUUCUGUACUACGGAUCAACGGAUGAGCCGCAGGAAAAGAUCGACAAUAUUUACCGUGCGUACGGACUGCUGAAUGACACUCUGACCGGGGACUACAUCGUAGGCAACAGUUUAACGCUGGCCGAUCUGAGCUGCAUCGCUAGCAUUUCGUCGAUGCACGCCAUCUUCCCGAUCGACCAGAGCAAGUACCCGAAGCUGGCCGCCUGGGUGGACCGUCUGAGUCAGUUGCCGUACUACAAGGCCACGAACCAAGAGGGAGCCGAGGAGUUGGCCCAGGUCUACCAAACUGUUCUCGCGAAGAACCGGGCACAAUCUAAAUGA